AUGAGUGCGGGCCCCGGCUGUGAGCCCUGCACCAAGCGACCCCGCUGGGGCGCCGCUGCAACUUCUCCGCCGGCCGCCUCGGACGCCCGGAGCUUCCCCGGCAGGCAGAGGCGCGUCCUCGAGUCCAAGGACGCUCCCGUGCAGUUAAGGGUCCCACCGUCCUCGUCAGGCUGCGUCCCGGGGCGGGCGGGACCGCACAGAGGCAGCUCCACCUCGCUUGUUUUCAAACAAAAGACUAUUACCAGUUGGAUGGACACUAAAGGAAUCAAGACAACUGAAUCAGAAAGUUUGCAUAGUAAAGAAAACAACAAUACAACAGUAGAAUCCAUGAUGAGUUCUGUACAAAAAGAUAACUUUUAUCAACAUAAUAUGGAAAAAUUAGAAAAUGUUUCUCAGCUAAGUCUUGAUAAAUCAUCUGUUGAAAAAAGUACACAGUAUUUGAACCAGCAUCAGACUGCAGCUAUGUGUAAGUGGCAAAAUGAAGGGAAACAUACAGAGCGGCUUUUAGAAAGUGAGCCUCCGACGGUAACUCUGGUGCCAGAGCGGUUCAGUAAUGCUAACGUUGAUCAGUCACCUGGAAAUGAUGAUCACAGUGACACAGAUAGUGAGGGAAGUAGAGACAACCAACAAUUUUUGACAACUGUAAAGUUUACAAAUACAAAGCAGACCACAGAAGAUGAACGGGCCAGAGAAGCCAGAAGCCACCAGAAGUGUAGCAAGUCUUGCCAUCCUGUAGAAGACUGUGCAGGUUGUCAGCAGGAAGAGAUAGAUGUGGUGCCAGAGAGUCCCUUGUCAGACAUCAGCUCUGAGGAUGUUGGUACUGAACUGAAAAAUGCCAACAAAUUGAGUAGACAAGAGAGUAGUUUAGGAAAUUCUCCUCCUUUUGAAAAAGAAAGUGAACCUGAGUCACCAAUGGAUGUAGAUAAUUCCAAAAAUAGUUGUCAGGAUUCAGAAGCAGAUGAGGAGACAAGUCCAGGUUUUGAUGAGCAAGAAGAUAGCAAUUCCUCCCAAACAGCAAGUAAACCUUCAAGGUUCCAAGCAAGAGAAGCCGACACUGAAUUGAGGAAGCGGUCCUCUUCUAAAGGAGGUGAAAUUCGUUUACAUUUUCAAUUUGAAGGAGGAGAGACUCGGAGUGGAAUGAAUGAUUUAAAUCCCAGACCACCUGGAAGUACUUCUAGCCUGAAUGUAGAAUGUAGGAAUUCCAAGCAGCAUGGGAAAAAGGAUUCUAAAAUCACAGAUCAUUUCAUGAGAAUGCCCAAAGCAGAGGACAAAAGAAAAGAACAAUGUGAAAUCAAGCAUCAAAGAACAGAAAGGAAGAUACCUAAAUACAUUCCACCUCACCUUUCUCCAGAUAAGAAAUGGCUUGGAACUCCUAUUGAGGAGAUGAGAAGAAUGCCUAGGUGUGGCAUCCGGCUGCCUCUCUUGAGGCCAUCUGCCAAUCACACAGUAACUAUUCGGGUAGACCUUUUGCGAGCAGGAGAAGUUCCUAAACCCUUUCCAACACAUUUUAAAGAUUUGUGGGACAACAAGCAUGUUAAGAUGCCUUGUUCAGAACAAAACUUGUACCCUGUGGAAGAUGAAAAUGGUGAGCGAACUGCAGGGAGCCGGUGGGAGCUCAUUCAAACUGCACUUCUCAACAAAUUCACACGACCCCAAAACCUGAAGGAUGCUAUCCUGAAAUACAAUGUGGCAUAUUCUAAGAAAUGGGACUUUACAGCUUUGGUUGAUUUCUGGGAUAAGGUACUUGAAGAAGCAGAAGCUCAACAUUUAUAUCAGUCCAUUUUACCUGAUAUGGUGAAAAUUGCACUCUGUCUGCCAAAUAUUUGCACCCAGCCAAUACCACUCCUGAAACAGAAGAUGAAUCAUUCCAUCACAAUGUCACAGGAACAGAUUGCCAGUCUUUUAGCUAAUGCUUUCUUCUGCACAUUUCCACGGCGAAAUGCUAAGAUGAAAUCCGAGUAUUCUAGCUACCCAGACAUUAACUUCAAUCGGUUGUUUGAAGGACGUUCAUCAAGGAAACCAGAGAAGCUUAAAACACUCUUCUGCUACUUUAGAAGAGUCACAGAGAAAAAACCUACUGGCUUGGUGACAUUUACAAGACAGAGUCUUGAAGAUUUUCCAGAGUGGGAAAGAUGUGAAAAACCCCUGACUCGAUUGCAUGUCACUUAUGAAGGUACCAUAGAAGGAAAUGGUCAAGGCAUGCUACAGGUGGAUUUUGCAAACCGUUUUGUUGGAGGUGGUGUAACCGGUGCAGGACUUGUGCAAGAAGAAAUCCGCUUUUUAAUCAACCCCGAGUUAAUUGUUUCACGGCUCUUCACUGAGGUGCUGGAUCACAAUGAAUGUCUUAUCAUUACAGGUACGGAACAGUACAGUGAAUACACAGGCUAUGCUGAAACGUAUCGUUGGGCCCGAAGCCAUGAAGAUGGAAGUGAAAGGGAUGCCUGGCAGCGGCGCGGCACUGAGAUCGUCGCCAUCGAUGCCCUUCACUUCAGACGCUACCUCGACCAGUUUGUGCCCGAGAAAAUCAGACGAGAGCUUAACAAGGCUUACUGUGGAUUUCUCCGUCCUGGAGUUUCUUCAGAGAAUCUUUCUGCAGUGGCCACAGGAAACUGGGGCUGUGGUGCCUUUGGUGGUGAUGCUAGAUUAAAAGCCUUAAUACAGAUAUUGGCAGCUGCUGUAGCUGAGCGUGAUGUAGUUUAUUUCACCUUUGGGGACUCAGAAUUGAUGAGAGACAUUUACAGCAUACACACUUUCCUUACUGAAAGGAAACUAACUGUUGGAGAAGUAUAUAAGCUGUUGCUCCGGUAUUACAAUGAAGAAUGCAGAAACUGUUCCACCCCUGGACCAGACAUCAAGCUUUAUCCAUUCAUAUACCAUGCUGUUGAGUUCUGUGCAGAGACCACCAACCAGCCAGGACAAAGGACUGGGGCCUGAGGAGCUGAGUAAAUAG